GCGAGUUUUAUGCUUAUGUGUGUGUCUUCACAUCCACUCCGAAAAAAAGUGACUCCGCCAUUAAGAUAGUGUGAAAAUAAUUUGUGUUUUCUCCAAUUGUGCAGCAUCGUAAUCUUCCAAAAAGGGAAAAAUGGCUUAUCGCAAUAAUCGCAACUUCGAUCGGAACAGCUACGGCGGCUCCAUUAGCCGCAAUGUGGAUCCCUGGGAUACUACGAAUGAUUGGGGUAUGCGCGGCGGUGGUGGCGGCGGCGGCGGCAACUUCAUGGGGAAUCAAAAUCAGAACCAGGAGGCUCUGGCCCUAGCCAACAACCUCAUCAAUAACAUCUUGCGCGGGAAUCAACCACCCUCGCUGCUGGAUCUGGCACCGAAUGAUAUGCGUGGCGGCGGUGGUGGUGGCUUUGGCGGCGGCUACGGCCGGGGUGUUGGCGGUGGGGGUGGCGGCUAUGACCGCUUCGACGACCGCAUGGCUGGACGUAUGAUGGGCAAUCGCAAUGCUGCCAACAACCGCAAUCGACGUCCUGGCGCAGGUAGUGGACCGCGCAACAAUAAGCCCAAUAAACCGGGCGGUAUUCGUAAACCCAAUGCCACUGAUCGUUCUAAGAAAGUUCUGGCUAAGAAUUCUAACAAUUCUAAACCAACAAAAACGGACGGCGAUACUAAUAAGAAUAAUGAGAGUGGCGAGGUAAAGGAUGAGCAUGUCGACGGAGAUCCCCAGGAUUCCCUGUAUGCUGAUGUUCCAAGUGACAUGUUCUACUGUCAUAUGUGCAAGAAGCACAUGUGGGAUUGUUUGUCAUUUGAAAAUCACAUCAAAGGACGCUCCCAUGCCAUGAUGAAGGAAGGCGUUGAGGAAAGCUAUCGCCUACGUGCAACAAUGAUUCGUCAAGAGGCGAAAAUUGAUGAGCAACUCAAGAGUAUUGAGAUUGAGCGUUUAAAGCGCAUCGGGAAGAACGUUAAGGCGUCCAAUGUGCGUCGUGAAUACUGCACAAUGUGCGAUUUGCACUUUUACGGACAUUUAUCGUCUCAUCGCAAAUCCGAGGGACACUUGACGCUGAAGAAGUUCUUACAUCCCAAAUGCAAUGACUGCAGUAUGGAGUUCCCAACGAGGAUUGAGUAUGAUGCUCAUUUGCUUGCCCCGAGUCACAUGAUUAAGGCAUCAAAGCGCACCCAUCGUGCGGAGAAGCGCAAGAAUCAACUUGUUAUCCAUGGGGAGGCUGAUGAGUUGAAGGAUGUGCGUGAGAAGGAGGAAAAGCACGAGGAGGCGACUGAGAAGACGGGUGAAGGGGAGGAAGGUGGUGAAAAUGCUGAAGCAAAGGAAGGUGGUGAGGAAAAUGCCGAGAAUGCCGAAGGGCAAACUGAGGCGAAGGUUGAAGUUGAAAAGGAGGCAGAAAAUGUCAUUUUGGACUACAUUGAGGGCGUAACUGAGCUUCCAUCUGAGAUUGAUAAUCGCAUUCCCAAGUACAAUUGUCAUCGGCAAUUGGGGAAGAGUUUGAUUGGGAAGGUGGAUUGCUAUGAAUGCCGUAUCUGCAAUCGAUUCUUCGAUACAGACGGUACAGCUGAGAUUCAUACGAGAACUUUGUCGCAUCAUCGGCAAUUUAUUAGAUUCCUCAAUGAGAAGUGCAAUGAAGUUAAGAUUGCGGAGAAACGGGCUGCAGCUACGUUGGAGAAUGAACGCAAGAAGAGAGCACGCAUUGAGCAGGUGGAACAGAAUGGGAAGACACCACAAAAGCCCAAGAUUGAUCCAUCUGAGUUGUAUGAUCCUUGUGAGGCAACUGAGGAUGACGACAAACCUAAUGAUUCCCAAGAAGGAGACAUCACAGAAAGCGAUGUGAAGGAUGAAUCAAAUGUACAGGCUGAUGAUACAAUGGAAUCCCUGAAAACGGAGGAUGCUGAUAUGACGGCACCAGAGGAGGAACCGGUAAAGGAAGAAGAACCACCGGCACCUGAGCCUGUGCCAGAACAGAAGGUAGAGACACCGGUGGCAAAGACUCCGGCAGCUAAACCUACCGCAACACCUGCUGCUGCAACACCUGUUGCACAGAAACCACAACAACAGAGGGCUCAAACGGCUGUCAGAGGACGCCCAGCUCAGAGGGCAUCACCACGUGGUCGUGGGCGUGGACGCUACAACCGCUUUUAAAUACAUUUUUUUGUCAGAAUUAUUUGCUUCAAUAAGCACACUAUUACUCGGAUUAUACUAUAAUGGACAAGCACACUUUCCUCGUUCUAGUGAGUAUUUUUCUUUCUUCAAAUAGAUGAUGAACAUGUGAAAUAGAACGCAUGGAAAAAAGCUUACCUACUUUUAACAGAAUAUUUUACAUAACAUAUACAUACAUAUAUAUAAUUAAAUAUAUAUAAAGAUUUAAUAAGAUAA